AUGGCAGGUAUCGAGAAGCAAGCGAGUUACUACGACCGCAACCACAGGCAGUCUCCCGCCCUCAUCCGGGCCAGGCGACCGUAUCUCGUCAAGAAUGCGGUCCUAGGCGCCGGCAUCGCGGCCUUUGCCAUUGGAGUCUGUACGUUCCGCGGCCACCUACAAGAUUUCUCAAGGGAUCGUGCCAUGAAGCUAACAAUCCUCGCCGCAGAUGCUUAUACCAUCCACAUCAUCGGCCAGGACGAGUUCGAGGACGUCAAGGUCCCUGCUGCUCCUGCGCAGCAAGCACAGCAGGCCGCAGCGGCAGCGCAAAAGAAAUAA